ACUGCUAAUGUGUAUGGGAGAAGCGUUGAGGACAAUCUCCUUCAAAGUGAGAACUGCCUCGCGGCGGAACAGCUUGUGUCAAUUCCUUUGGCGAUGAACAACUCGCUGUUGAUAUGCUCGCCGACAAGCUUCUCUUCGAGGUUUUUCUCUUCCGAAAAACGCAUAAAUUUCCGUAGAGUUUCGUCCCCGAUCGAUCAAGCCAGUGAGUAAGCUAUCGUCUAUGGUAAUAGGUAAUACUCGCACGUGUGCAAGUACGCAUGCUCGGAAGAAGUACCGAGCUCCAGGACAUGGGAUGGGAGGUCCAGUCGAAGGUAUCGAAUCAAUCAAUCCGCCCUCACGAAUCAUCUCCAAAAUCUCGGUAUUGAGCGGAUGGUAAGAUGUGAAAAUGGCAGGUGGGUUCAGCGUGGCGUUUGAUCCAUUGCACGGAUCGAGCAUGGUGGACACAAACUUCACGGUCGGAACCAUAUUUGGGGUGUGGCCCGGAGACAAGUCAAUCAGCGUGACCAGACGAGAUCAAAUGGCUGCAGCCAUGGGAAUCUAUGGCCCACGAACCACUUACAUCAUCGCCCUCAAGGAUUACCCCGGAACCCAUGAGUUCCUCCUCGACGAAGGAAAAUGGCGAUACGUAAAGGAGACUACGGAGAAUGAAGGGAAGAUGUUCUCUCCCGGAAACUUGAGAGCUACAUUCGACGAUCCUGAAUACAGCAAGCUGGUAGAUUACUACGUGAAAGAGAAGUACUUACUGAGAUACACAGGAGGAAUGGUGCAGGACGUGAACCAGAUAAUAGUGAAGGAGAGGAAGGGGAUAUACACAAACGUCACGUCGCCGUCGACAGAGGCAAAGCUGAGGCUGCUGUUCGAGGUGGCGCCGCUCGCUGUCAUCGAGAAGGCCAGUGGAUUCAGCAGCGAUGGUUACAGGUCCAUCCUCGACAAGACCAUAGACAACCUCGACGACAGAACUCAAUUUGCUUACGGUUCCAAGAACGAGAUCAUCCGUUUCGAACAAACCCUUUACGGAUCGUCUCGGAUCAAUGCCAUCGUCACAGCCGACGGUGUCGCUGUCGGAGCUACUGCUUAGAAACCCUC